GUGCCACAGCAGCAUCAAGAAAGAGAUGCCAGUAUCUGAUGCUGAUCUGCUGCCUUCACACCCAUAGGCCACAGACGCCAAUCAUCUUCCUGAUCCUUUUCAGCAGACCCCUCUUUGCAAAGACAGGAGGUCGGAACCAUAGCACUGCCUUCGUCGUGUUCUAGAGUUUCAGCCAUCCUUUCAGAGUUUCCUUAUCCUGUUGGCAGCUGAACUGCGCCAUGGAAGAAAAAGAAAAUAUUUCCUUUUGUGACAAGCAAAAAGCCUUUAACACGGCGCUGGAACCAACAACAAAGGACCAGAAGAGAAAGUCCACAUAUCAUGAUGAGAUUGUCUGGAGAAACGUAAUCCUUAUGACCCUACUCCACUUUAUGGCAUUAUACUCUCUGAUCCUUAUAUCCCAGGCACAGAUUCUCACUUUGCUCUGGGCAUACUUGUGCUUCCUGGUGACAGCUUUGGGUGUAACAGCAGGGGCACAUCGCUUAUGGAGCCAUAGAUCUUACAAAGCAACACUGACCCUACGGAUAUUCUUAGCUCUUGCAAAUUCUAUGGCAUUUCAGAAUGAUAUUUUUGAGUGGGCUCGAGACCAUCGGGUUCACCACAAGUUUUCAGAGACAGAUGCAGACCCACAUGAUGCUCGGAGAGGACUUUUCUUUUCACACAUAGGAUGGCUGUUUGUCCGAAAACACAAAGCCGUUAUAGAAAAAGGGAAAACAUUAGACUUCCAAGACCUUUUUGCAGAUCAAGUUGUUAUGUUCCAGAGAAAGUAUUAUAAGACAUCUGUGGCAAUUAUGUGCUUUCUCAUUCCCACUAUUGUUCCAUGGUACGUUUGGGGAGAAAGUCUGUGGAACUCCUAUUUCCUGGCGUCCAUACUCCGAUAUACAAUAGCCCUGAAUGUCUCCUGGCUUGUCAAUAGCGUGGCUCACCUCUAUGGUAACAGACCUUAUGAUAAAACCAUCAACCCCCGUGAAAAUAGAUUUGUGUCCAUUGGAACAAUAGGGGAAGGCUUCCACAACUUUCAUCAUACAUUUCCAUAUGACUACUCUGCCAGUGAAUUUGGCUUAAAACUGAACCCCACAACAUGCUUUAUUGAUUUCAUGUGUUUCUUGGGGUUGGCCAGCGACUGCAAGAAAGCAACGAAACAGAUGAUUCUGGACCGUAAGGAAAGGGCAGGAGAUGGAUCUUGUUAACAGCCUCCUUGUUAUGUCAUGUUGUUUUCUCUAAUUUUGCCAAUGUACUCGUGUGUUUAUUCUGCUGGUCCACUAGUUGUAUUCAUUUUACCUUCUACAAAAUUUCCCAGACAGAUUGGAGACUGUAGUUUUGUAAAGAAGAAGAGCAGAAUCACAGCUAUAGAAGGUGCAGCGAUAGCAGAUCUUAGUUUCUGAGGGUACCCCUAAGAUCCUCUUCCUUGUAGGAUGAAACAAGUAUUAUAUAUGACACAUGGAUGGGGGAGUCCUGUUACAGAUUUUUUCUUUGGGCAAUUAAAGUUAUUUGUCUUGGGUAGAACUUGCUACCGCUUACAUUUAUUGAUAAAAUGGUGAAAUAUACCCUAUGCCUUCCUUAUUUCACCUACUCUCCAGCUAGUCUAUGUAUGAAGUUAGUAGGCUAUAUACAAUUACAUACAUUGUGCUGUUUAUAAAGCAAGUGCUGCAUGAUAUUAUUCUACAAAUGAAAACAUUGGGUAAUAGUGUAUACCAUUUUAGUUCUUAAAUGUAUGGAUCAAUCUGUUUUAUCUAUCUAUUUAGAGUAGAUUCAUGAUUGUAUACUCAUUAACCUUAAUGGAGCUAUGUUGACGUUCAGUGAAAUGUACAUGAAUAAUAAAAUCAGUAAACAGCAAUGUAUAAAAGGUGCAGCACACUGACACAAGUAAAAUCAUUAUCUUAUAUAAUCCUCCAAAUACGUACAAUUUUUCUUAUUGAGUUGUACAUUUUUUACCGCUUUACAGGUGUGUUCACACAGGGUAGAUAGAAUCACAGUGGAUUUUUGCACCCCCGAUUUGUGUGUGGAAAUUCCACAGUGUAUUCAAGAAUCCACAGUUUAUUUACUUAUCUAUCAUGCUAUCUAGUAAUCAUUCUGCCUUUCUUGUUUUUUCUGUUUCUAUAGGGGAGAUUUAUCAUUCAAAGUGCACCCUACUCUUUUUUUACCGCCGUUUUUUCUGUCUUGCACUUUUUCCGUUGCAGUGUGUAAUUUAUCAUAAGUGUGUACUGUAGAUGAUGAAUUCCCCGCCGCUUUGCAUGGGCGGGAAAAGCUCUAGCUAACGAGGUUUUGUACGUGUUGUACUUUUGGUGGGCGUAUUUUAGCGCCUGGAAAUCGGGGUUUGCGCAACUUUUAGGGACUUAUUCUAAAAGUCGCACAUAAUAAAUAAAGGGUGCACUGCAUGUCUAAAUCGGAAAUAGGUGUACUGCUACUCAAAAACUUAGGAAACGUCUACUACAAAAGUCGCACAAAUGUCGCUAAUAUUACAUGACUGCGCCAUCACAGGGCCAAUGAUAGACGGAAAAUAACGUCUAUAUUGAAUGAUAAAUCUCCCCCUAUCUUUAUAUAAUUUAACCUAAUAUGUGUAGAUACAGUGAUCUCUUUUCCGAGGUCGAUCAUUGUAAGUUACAAAUAUUGUAUAAAUACACUUCCAAAGAAUCAUGAAUGUCGGCACUCCCCACAUCUUCCAUAUUUUCUUCUUUAUUAUGUAUACUCACAUAUUACAUAGGACAGGACGACAUACAUGGGGGGGACGGGACAUAUUUAUGUCGUCCUGUCCUAUGUAAUAUGUGAGUAUAGAUAAUAAAGAAGAAAAUACGGAAGAUGUGAGUGCCGUCAUUCAUUAUUCUUUGGAAGUGUUUUUUGUCAAGUUGAAGCUGUUAUCAGAACACCAUGCUAUAUUCCACAACAUUGAAGGCUGUUAGUCACAUAUCGGCGGAGUACGGGUCAUGGUGGGAUGCAUUGCCGGACUAUUAUCUGUUUCUGUUACAAAUAUUGUAGGUUGAGACUAAAGUUCUAAAAUUUUAUGGAAAACUUUAUGAAAUAGAAGCUUGGACGGAACCACAAAGUCAUCACACAGUCAACAAAGGUUACACAACAGCCUUAAUUAGCAGGUAGAUGGGGUUAAUCCAACUAUAGAGUGCUCCGGAGGUGCUAGGAAUAAUAAGGAGCAUAGACUAAAUACAAGUAAGAGCUGUGCAAUAACACGAAUCCUGCACUCACCACUGGAUAAGCAACUCUAGGCUCCAAAUGCGGAAAUACUGGAGGACGAGGCUGUCACAUCUGCAUGGGAUGCUCAGAGCCGACUGUCUGCAGUUUCGCGCAUGUGCAUUUCUUCCUUUGGUUCACAAGUGCAACAAUAUGUUGAGCACAGUUUCAAGUUAGAAUGGUUCAGGAAAGACCAUUUUAUGUUGAAAGUUUUGACACCAAAAGCCAUUCUGACUUAAGAGACCACUGAAUCUGUACCACACUUUAAAAGGGUAAACAAAUAAUAAUUAUUUAUAAUAAUAAUAAUUCUUUAUUUUUGGAAAACACUUCUUGAUUGUAUUGCUUUAUUACAGAAACAUUCUUCAUGGAUACAGUAUGGCUUCAGGGGUUAAAAAAAAUAGCAUUAAGUUAUUAGCAACUGUUUGAUAUUUACACAAUAAAAAGCUUAUAUUUGCUAGAUAAUAUACUAUAUGUUAUCAUUUUAUCUCUCUAUGUACAUAUAUUAAUAUAUUGGUAAUGUGAUUUUCAUUUUUCAGCGUCAUAACCUUCUGUCCUAUACCCCACACAAAAAAAUUCAUAUCCACAACAACUUUAACCUAAAAAGCAAAGUUUGGUCUUUGUAAAUAAAGCAGAAAAUACAGUGUAAGAAAAGGGUGAGAGAAACAUUUAGCAUCUGGUUUGGGCACAAGAAUGUGAGGGUCUAUUCACACAGCAGAAUUUCCGCUUGAGGAAUUCCACCUCAAAUUAAAGCCCAUAGACUUCUAUGGAAUUCCGCACUCCCCUUCAUACUUCUGAAUUUUUGCCUGUGGAAUUCUGCAAGUGAAAAUUGAGAAGUGUGAAUGGGAGUGCGGAAUCCCAUAGAAGUCUAUGGGCUUUAAUUUGAGGCGGAAUUCCACAUACGGAAAUAUUGCAGUGUGAAUAGACCCUGAUGGUUGAAGCUGAUUACCACCUUGAAUGUGCAUUGUACAACUGAUAACUUUCCUGUGGUUUUUAUACUAUGUUCCAUUAUGGAACAAAUACAUUAAAUACCUUUAAAUAUAGUAAACUUAAUGUACUUGGAUUCUACCUGGAAGCAUAUAUUUGUUUUGAAAUGAUUGUCAAAUAUUCACUUUAAAAAGUAAAUGAAGAAAAAGUGUUGAUAUUGACAAUAUGUUACCUAUAUAUGUUAACAAUGAGUUUUGGUAUAAGAUGUGUAAUAAAACAUGACUUACAAAUUAUGAA